AUGGAGAAGCAGCGGAGGCCGCGGCUUCGGCUGGUCGAGCCGACGUGUGCCGUGAGCAAGGGAGGCACUCGCAUGUCCGUCCAAGGGUUGUGGUUCAAAGGGCCUCCGACCCUCCUGACCAUCCACUUGACCAUCCCUCUCGUCAACAAGACCGUCGACAUCCCAGCGACAUACGGCACGGAAACACACCUGUCGUUUAUCCUCCCCGACGUCACGUCCAUGAUCAAAGCAUCGUUGGCCGAAGCUUGGAUAUCCCUCGCUCUCACAGACUGCAGUAGCUGUGGCACCACGACCACGAAAACCACGGACGCGCCACAACUGCGCAUCGUCUUAUACCCCGAGCUCACGACGAAGAAGGUGUUCCCCAUGCAUUUGCCCCUUUCGGCCACAUCGGACGCCAAGAUAUCUCUGGUCCUGAACCAUCGGUUCUCCCUCUCGUACAUCCAAUCAUCCCCAGAACUUCCGACAUCAGACGACUCCCCCCUACCGCACCUCACGUCGCUGCCAGUGUUUGCUCGAAUCAGCUACGUAAGUGACAAGACCCACGCCCCCAUCCAAGUCAUAAGGACAGCCACAUGGAACAACGCCGCGAGUGCUUUAAACGGCGACGUCAUGCUCGAGUUCGACCCGCCCAGGGCUGCCGUCGGCAUCAUGCAAGUCCACGUGACACUCAACAAAGUCGAGUUCUUUGACAGUUUGGGCUACACCGUUCUUCGGGAUUUUGUUCUUAAUGGAAUUCGCCCUCGAUGUCUUGUAAUUAGCAGUACUCAAAACACUGAAGUGGUGCUCCGCGGCGACUACUUUCUCGAAACCGGCGAGAUCAUCGUCCAGCUCCAGCAACACGACCCAACUAGUAGACACAAGCAGCCGCUGCCACUCGUCAACGUGAACGGCAUCUGCUCGUCCCCGACCGAGAUCACAGCGGCGAUUCCUCCGAACACUCGAUAUGGACUCACACUAUUUGCAGUCUCCGUCAACCACGGCGAGCAUUUCUGUCCACAAGUUAUCCAGGGACUACUCAUCCGCGACCGACCGCCGCAAGCGCUAGUGCCUACGGAGGGCUCCAGCACUGGCGGCACUCGUAUUCAGAUUCUCGUGCCCGUGCUGGACGACGACGCGGCCGAUUCGUUUCAACUGUUGCGAUCGGCGUUGAAACUUACCAAGGCAAUUCGAGUCAAAUUUGAGCCUGAAAACCCCUCUGUCGCAGCCCAAAUCGUGUUUGCCGAGCCAGAUAUGACCCAGAGCGGCGUGAUCGUCGUCAUAUCUCCGCGAUUUGCCACUGACCAGUCGUUAUUUGUGGUGUUUGUGUCCAUUUCCGUGGAUGGCGGCGCAAAAUUUGCAGGAAAGCUGCCAUUCACAUACUAUGGGCAGUAUAAAGUGCAGUCCCUGUCCAUCCAUCACGGCCCGUCCACUGGAGGCACGCGCAUUCGCAUACAAAUGAACCACCCCGUGCCCCAAACCCUUCCCAUUACUGUGAAAUUCAAAGGAGCAGCCAGGUUUGAGUCAGUCGUGGGCCAAAUUGUAUGGGAAAACCCUUCCGUGAUAGUGUGCACUUCCCCGCCGUGGAAGUCGAUUGAAUCUGUCCAACUGACCAAAGUACAAGUGAGUUUGAACCACGGCGUCGAGUAUAUUCCACCAGAUGACCCAAGCUCCAACGCCGCCAAGUUUCGG